CCGUGCAACAGUUGCCCGGGAAACACCGGGGCAGGGUCGCGCGCUGCAUUUGCUGGGAGAUGAACCCGCGCCACAGUCGCCUGGUAACAGUGGGAGAGGGUCCCGCACCACAGUUGCCCGGGGGACGCCGGCUGGGAGAGGGUCGCGCGCCGCAGUUGUUGGGGUAACGCUCGGACAGGGUCGCGCGCUGCGUUUGCCCGGGUAACGGGAGGCGAGGGGGAGGGGGAGGGGGACGGGGGACAGUUGCCCGGGCAACGGCGUCAGAGGGUCGCGCGCUGCUGCUACCCGCGUGGAUCGUUGCUCCGGACCGAGAGAAGCCGCCGGACGCGACUGCAGUUCACCGGGCCAUGCCGGAGGCGCCCACCAGCACUCGAUGCUCCGAUUAGGCCGGCGGGAAGAUGGGCUCGGGCUCGUCCAAGGUGCCGCACAAAGUUGUGAAGGUGACGCCGGCCCCGUCGGCGGGGGUCAUCCCCGGGAGGACGGGCGGGGAGACUGCCCGGUGGCGGGGAAGCGACCGUCUACCCCCGCUGAAGAAGACGUUUGCCGCUGGGUGUGCUGCCGGCGCGCUGCCUAGCCUCACAAGCAGGCAAGUACCCAGGGCAUUCUCGUUUGAUAUUAAUGUGGACAGCAGGGAAACCAGUAUCAUAAAAAAUCACCCUCCUCGAAGAUAUCAGAGACUUGAGCCCAUCAAUGGUUGUACAAUGAAUACAUCGGAAAAGCAGCGAGCAGAAAAUGGGCACAAACUGCAGGCACAAGAAAUACAAGCGGGAAUUACAAAGCAAUUCUCCAGGAGACGACAACAAAUCGAGAAAAUGCAAUAUGAAAAGAUAAGGCAGCAAGAGAUAAUUCAUCUACAAGAGCAAGCAGAACUGGUGUUAAAUCAUCAUAAGGAAAUCCAAAAUAAUAAACAGAAUAUAAAGUAUUCCAGAGCCAAAAAAUCAAGGGAUAAAGGUCAAAAUAAUGACCAUCAAGCAGAUCAGUACUAUAUUGCGAUUGAAUCUAAUGACAUUUUCAAUGAAGAUUAUGGCAAGACACCUAACAAACUUGGGAGGUGCCAGACGCAGUGGGACAUUCUCUGCCACAACUUCAAUGAUGAGACCUUGGACUGCAGGAUGGAUAUCGGUCAAUCUCGCAACAGACUGAUAAGAACUAAGACUGAACGAAUCCCCAUCUUCGAUGAAUUCUUUGAUCAUGAAUUGUAGCCAUUCGGGUUGAGGUGAACCACUGAAAAACUAAAGUUGCGGAAACACUUGUUUAGUUCAUGUAAAAACAAACUUGAGCACUGUAUAUACUCAACACAAGUCCAGUUCUGAAUAAUGAAAAUUACUUUCUUAUUUUUCAGUUCCUUCAUGGACUCUUUUCCAUUUGAAGAGGCUUCUACUAACAUUAUGUUUUCUUCCAAACCGUUCUCCCUAUCACUGUUGCAGAUUUGUUCACCAUCUUUACCCAAUCUGUAAAAUUUGGUCCUACUUCACACCCAAAGUAAGCAGAAUCAUAUAUGACAUUAUAAUGGUCCUACUUUACACCCAUAGUAAGCAGAAUAGUAAAUUACAUUACACUACACCUUAUGGUGCAUGUGACAAAUAAAUUUGAACUUGAACUAAGUAUGGCCUAAUUUGUAUUUAAUAUAGUUCUAACGAUUUUCCUGCUGUUUAAACCUUUUGCUUUAGAAACAUAGAAAAUAGAUGCAGAAGGAGGCCAUUUAGUCCUUCAAGCCUGCACCGGCAUUCAUUAUGAUCAUGGCUGAUCAUCCACAAUCAGU